UGGUGGAUCCAGCUCUGAAAAGACCAAGAGGGAGGCCUAAAGGAAGCAAGAACAAAUUUCCCUCUAAGGCAGCCGAGAAGGAACUAAAUGGAGAGCCGUCUCCCAAAAGACCAAGAGGAAGACCUAAAGGAAGCAAAAACAAGCGCCCAUCUAAACCGUUUAAAAAGGAAGAAAUGGAGUGGAUGUCUCCCAAAAGAGCAAGAGGAAGGCCUAAAGGAAGCAAAAACAAGUGCCCAUCUAAACCGUUUAAAAAGGAAGAAAUGGAGUGGAUGUCUCCCAAAAGAGCAAAAGGAAGGCCUAAAGGAAGCAAAAACAAGAAUCCAGCCAAAGUAGUCGAAAAGGUCCCGGUGGCAUGGCUGGCUCCCAAAAGGCCAAAGGGAAGACCUAAAGGAAGCAAAAACAAGCGUGUGCCCAUGGGGUGGCCCAAAAAGCCCAUCGGGAGGCCCAAAGGAAACAAAAGCAGUCCCUCCAAAGGGGAUGAAAAGGAGGCGACGGAGUGGCUGUCUCCCCGAAGAUCAAGAGGAAGACCUAAAGGAAGCAAAAACAAGCAUUCGCCUAGAGUAGCUAAAAAGUGAUCCCUGCGUUCCGGGAGGGAGUGGCGGUCACAGAUAAGACAGACAGCGGCAGGGGCCGGCAUCAGUAAAGACUCCCUGCGAAAUUGGCCCCAGCUUCCAAGCUGGAUAAACUCCCCGGAAUUACGCCCUCCUUCCUCCAUUGGCCCAAUCAAUCAACUCAAACGAAGAGAGAACAUUGGGGACCUCCUCCAUUUAAGGCAAGUCUUUUUUUACUUCUCGGUUACCCCUGUCUGAACCCAACUUAGGCCGAUGUAAGCGCUAGCUUUUCCCUCAGGCUAACACUCCUUUCUUUCGAUGUCAGAAGUGGGACUCAAUUCUUUUAUUUGGCUGUCGGGAGAGGCAGCAGAUUGAAAAAUAGUCACUGGAUGAUAUUUCUGGACAACCCCCCCAAACUUAUAUAAAUAUAUAUGUAUACAUUGUAAAUCAACGGCCCACAUUUUGAGGAGAGACUUGUCUACGCGUCGCAACUGGCUCAUCUCUUCUCAUUCCAACAUAUUGUAAAUCAACGGCCCACAUUUUGAGGAGAGACUUGUCUACACGUCGCAACUGGCUCAUCUCUUCUCAUUCCAACAUAUUGUAAAUCAACGGCCCACAUUUUGAGGAGAGACUUGUCUACGCGUCGCAACUGGCUCAUCUUUUCUCAUUCCGAUGUAUUGUAAAUCAACGGCCCACAUUUUGAGGAGAGACUUGUCUACGCGUCGCAACUGGCUCAUCUCUUCUCAUUCCAACAUAUUGUAAAUCAACGGCCCACAUUUUGAGGAGAGACUUGUCUACACGUCGCAACUGGCUCAUCUCUUCUCAUUCGAUAUUUGCCUGUCUCUCAUUGCUUUUGCUGCCUCUGAAAAAGCACAGAAGAUGUCAGUACUUCAGAAAAAUAAAUUUUGGUCAUUGUCAUUGCAAUUCAAAAAAGAGCUCACUCAAACUACAACUAGAAUUAAGCAGGACUUUGGAUAUUAUAUAGUAGCAGAACCCAUUUUUGGUCAUUGUCACCACAAUUCAAGAAAGAGCUCCCUCAAACUCCAACUAGAACUAAACAGGACUUUGAAGGAUAUAUAUUUGCAGAACCCAGUUUUUGGUCAUUGUCACUGCAAUUCAAGAAAGAGCUCACUCAAACUCCAACUAGAAUUAAGCAGGACUUUGGAUAUUAUAUAGUAGCAGAACCCAAUUUUUGGUCAUUGUCACUGCAAUUCAAGAAAGCUCCCUCAAACUCCAGCUAGACCUAAACAGGACUUUGAAGGAUAUAUAUUUGCAGAACCCAGUUUUUGGUCAUUGUCACUGCGAUUCAAGAAAGAGCUCCCUCAAACUCCCAACUAGAUCUAAGCAGGACUUUGAAGAAGAUAUAUAGCAGAUCUUAGGAAUCACAAUGAAGAAGAUUGAUCGAGAAAGAAAUAACAACAAUUACAACAUCAACAGAUUUGGAGCGGGAUAAACAAACAAACUCCCCCCCACAGAUAAGUUGAAACACAAGGAGUUUGGCAGACUUUGGACUUAAAUCGAGGAUUUCCUUUUUCAAUGAGGGUCUGGUUAGAAAUAUGUUGAGAUUGGACUGGGAUUAAACAAAACAGAAUUUUGCCAGAAUGGAAAACAACGAUUUGUUUUGGUUGGGGGGGGGGGGGUGAAAUCAGAAUAUUGAUAACAAAGGGGAAAGACAAGAAGAUAAUUUUAUAGACAUGUUGAAAUACACUUAUAGGCCGUAUAAGAUGCGAUCACUUAAAAGGGAAUGAUGUUGGGGAAGGGAGGGGGGAUAUUGAGCAGUUCACAUGGAUUUGAACCUUAGUUAAAACGCUUAAACUGUCGAUAUGAAUAUUGCGUGUGGUUAUGUGUUAAUUUUAAAUACAUGGGUUUCUAUUUAGCAGAAGCUGAAAUGCAAUCAAGUAGAAUUAAGUAGUCUAUGUAAUAGUUUGAUUAGCUGCCUUUGCUUGAGGGGGGGGGGGAAUUCAGUUGUGCUUUCAAUGUUUUUUAUUUUGAUUUUUAAUUAUUUUUUUAAAUAAAAUGGGGAAUAGAGUUUAGUUAUUUGUCUAGUCGGGAGGGGAACGGGGUCGGGAUGCAAUGGGGCGGGAAUAUCUCGGGGCUAUUUUUGUAUCAGAUUCUUUGGUUUUUUUGCUUCUUAUUUGAAAUGCCUGUGUUCGUUUGUUUGUUCUUUUUAUUUCAAAUUGGUUGUGAAAAAAACCUAAUAAAAAUCUAAUAAAAAUUAAUGAAAAAAGA